AACCUUCAUGAGGGGACCUCAUGGACCUUUUUUACAAUCCUUGAAUGUACUAGUGGGUGGUGUGGUUACCUUUCUACUUAACUCCAUUUCUCAGUUCAAUAUCAUCUUAUUAGUCUUUAGUUUGGCUGCUUUAGUGAGUCUAAAUCAAUUGAUUCGACCGACCAUAGAUUUUGGUUUAAUCAACUCAAUAUUCUCUUUUAUUGCUAUCCAUUUUGGUUUUUUCUUGCAUCAAGGCCAAGCUUUCUCCAUGCUUUGUCUAACCAAAAUGCAAAUGCAUAAUAUUUCUAUAACUCUCUGUUUCCUUGGCUUUGCUUUGCUCACCUUAUUUGCUCUUAAUACUACAGGAGCUUCAAGUAGCGCUCAAAGCAAUGCAUCCUGCACUACUAAUGAUUGCAAAUCCAGUGGAUCCUGCACUGGAUCUGAACACUGUCAAACCAACGCAUCCUGCAGUAGUGAAGGCGACAAAAGAUCUUGUAAUGCAAUAAGUGAAGCUAACAGCUCAGGAACUGGCCAUCCAUCUCCUUCUCUAUCUCCUCUUACAAACCAUGCAGACCCACCAAUCAUUGGGGUUGCUCCGCAUGGACCACCUAAUCCCUUUCCUCCUACAAAUCACGCAGACCCACCAAUCGUUGGGGUUGCUCCGCCUGGACCACCUAAUCCCUUUCCUCCAGAGGGAAAAAGGAAGCAGAUCGGAUUACUGUUAAGGAAUUAGGAGAUUCAAUCACAUCAUUGAUUGAAUUGAUCAAAUAAUAUAUAUGAUUCCAGCAUUAAUGGGUAGAUUGUAUUUAGGCAUUUUAAUGUAAUGAUUUAUUUCCUUAUAUUGUCUACCCUAGAGCUUAUAUAAAAGCUAUUAUAUGUAUCUCUCUCCACACAUCUCUGAAUUAUAAUAAAAUACCUUUCUUUCA